GUCAGUUACAUAGAACACUUCAACACAUAUAUAUCAUCACAACCAUAAUAUCAUAAAGAUCAUAACAUAUAUUUUAAAGAGAUGGCUGAAUCUUUUAGAGCUACUAAUCACUUCCUCACAUCUCUUCUCAUAACCGUAGCCAUAACCAUAACCACAUUCAAGUCGGUCCAUACAACAGCAACAAACACAGAGUUCGUAAAAUCAUCAUGCACAGUCACAACAUACCCAAGACUCUGUGUCGCUUCACUCUCAACUCAUGCCAGUCUCAUCCAAACCAGCCCCAAGCUCAUGGCUCACGCUGCUCUCAACAUCACAUUAGCGUCAGCUAAAGCCACAUCAGUAAUGAUGGUGCGUCUCUCAAGUAGUAGCCAGCUCAAGCCGAGAGAAGUCUCGGCCAUGAGAGUCUGCGUGGAGGAGUUAGGUGACACGUUGGAUGAGCUUCGAAAAUCGAUUGGUGAGAUGGGUCAGCUAAGUGGCUCGAGCUAUGAGGUAUACAUGAGUGAUAUUCAGACAUGGGUUAGUGCGGCUCUGACAGAUGAGAACACGUGCACCGACGGAUUUGGAGGAGAUGACAUGAAUGGGAAGGUUAAGAUUUUUGUUAGAGAAAGGAUUUUGGUUAUUGCUCAUUUAACGAGUAAUGCUUUAGCUUUGAUUAAUCACUUUGCUUCUAUUCAUGGUUAGAGAGACUGAAAUAUUUUUAGUUUAUUUUUAUUGAAAGUUUCUGUUUGAUUUUGUGUGUAUAAAAUAUAUUCAAAGUAUGUAUUCGUCUGUGUAUAAUAAUAAUUCAAUGUGUGUGUUCUUACGAUUA